AUGGCGGCCACAGCAGUAGACAAGGAGGGUCUCUUCAUCCCCCUCAUCAACUUCUCCGACUUCCUGAACGGUGACGACGACACCCGCACCGCGACGGCCAAGCAGAUCCUCAACGGCUUCCAGAACGCCGGCUUCAUCUACCUCCAGAACGUGCCCAUCAGCGACGAACUCCGCGCCGCCACCUUCGCCAAAUCGGCCGAUUUCUUCGCCCAGGAUGACGAGGCAAAGCUCGCCCUGGGCUGGACCACCCCCGAGGCGAACCGCGGAUACUCGGCGCCCGGCCGCGAGAAGGUCAGCAACCUCAAGACCAACGCCGAGAUCGAAAAGGUGCGUGCGGGGAACCCGGACCUGAAGGAGAGCUACGAGAUCGGCCGCGAGGGCGAGCCCGAUCACCCGAACCAGUGGCCCACCGAGAAGGAGGGCACGCGCGUCGCCGGGUUCAAGUCGCAGAUGCUGGAGUUUCACAACCGGUGCAAGGAGUUGCACGUCGAGGUGAUGCGCGCCAUCGCCGUCGGCAUGGGCCUCGACGAGCACUUCUUCGACACUUUCACAGACGCCGGCGACAACACGCUGCGUCUCCUGCAUUACCCCUCCGUCGACCCUAACAUCUUCAAGGUCAACCCCGGCCAGGUCCGCGCCGGUGAGCACAGCGACUACGGCUCCAUCACACUCCUGUUCCAGGAUGAUCGCGGUGGACUGCAGGUUAAGAGCCCCAAUGGACAGUUCGUCGACGCCACGCCAAUCCCCGGGACGGUUGUCGUCAACGCGGGUGACUUGCUGGCAAGAUGGAGCAACGACACCAUCAAGAGCACUAUUCACCGAGUUGUAGAGCCUCCGAGGAAGCCAGAGGACGGCACCAAGUACCCUCCGCGGUACAGCAUUGCCUACUUCUGCAACCCCAACUUCAAGAGCCAUAUUGAGGCCAUCCCCGGCACAUACGCCACUGAAGCGGAAAAGAAGUACGAGGGUAUUAAUAGCGGGACGUAUCUUGUGCAGAGACUUACGGCUACUUAUUGA